AUGGAGUCCGUUUGGGGUAUUGUCUCAGUAUGCACCCCAUACCUUGUCUCUCUCUUAGCUUUGCUUGUAUGCCUGGAACAGAUUUCUUACUUGAAGAAAAAAAGGAACAUCCCAGGCCCAAAUCUAGUCCUCCCAUUCAUCGGCAACGCAAUUUCCUUUGUCCUCAACCCCAAAAAAUUCUGGGAGCUCCAAUCCGCCAAUUCCAAGUCCUCUGACGCUGGCUUCUCCGCCAACUACAUAUUCGGCCGCUUCAUCCUUUUCAUCACCUCCAGUGACCUCUCCCACAAGGUCUUUGCCAACGUCCGGCCUGACGCCUUCCAAUUCGUCGGCCACCCAUUCGGCAAAAUAAUCUUUGGCGAUCACAACCUUGGGUACUUGUUCGGUCAACAGCACAAAGACCUCCGUCGCCUAAUAGCACCAAACUUCACCCCGAGAGCUCUGUCCAAUUACAUAUCAAUCCAACAAAUCAUCAUUCUCAAGCACUUGAAAUCAUGUAUACAAUCAACUUCUUCAACCACCAGUACCACAAAAUUACCAAUAACUCUAAGAACCCUCAUUCGAGAUAUGAAUCUCGAAACCUCCCAGGCAGUGUUCGUUGGUCCUUAUUUAAACCAAGAAGCAGUGCGACAAAGAUUCAAUAAGGACUUUAAUUUCAUUAACGUGGGCCUGAUGAAGCUUCCAAUCAAUUUUCCUGGAUUCGCUUUUAGGAGUGCCAAGCUCGGGUUCCAAAGGAUUCUUCAAACUCUCGUAACAUGCGCAAGAGAAAGCAGAACACGAAUGAAAACUGCCGGUUCUGAGCCAACCAGUACAUUGGACUUUUUGAUGGUACAACAAAACGUCAGAGAAGACUCUUCUUGUCCUCACUGUAGCUCUAGCGAGAGUGAUGAAGAAAUUGGUCACCUUUUGUUUGAUUUCCUCCUUGCCGCCCAGGACGCUUCCACUUCGUCACUGCUCUGGGCAGUGACCCUUUUGGAUUCACAUCCUGAGGUCUUGGCAAGAGUGCGUGAGGAGGUCGCCGGUGUCUGGUCGCCGGAGUCGGACACACCCAUCACCCCCGAACAGCUUAGUAAAAUGCGGUUCACACAAGCAGUGGCCAAGGAGAUAGUCAGGUUCCGACCUCCGGGGAUUGUGAUGCCACACGUUGUCUUAGAGAACUUUCAGUUAACAGAAAACUACACGAUUCCCAAGGGGACUAUUGUUUUUCCAUCGAUUUUUGAGAGUUCGUUUCAGGGGUUUGUUGAACCGCACCGGUUUGACCCGGACCGGUUCAUGGAGGAGAGGCAGGAGGACCGGAUUUAUAAGAAGAACUUUUUGGUGUUCGGAACUGGGGCCCACCAGUGUGUGGGACAGAGGUUUGCCAUCAAUCACUUGGUGCUCUUCAUCGCCAUAUUUACCUCGUUGAUUGAUUUUAAGAGGCACCGGACCGAUGGUUGUGAUGAUUUUGUGUAUGUCCCCACGAUUAUUCCGAAAGACGAGUGCAAAGUUUUUCUUUCCAAGAG